AUGGCGAUCUUCGCCAUGGGCUGGCAGAAGCCCGACAAUGUCGCUGGUUCAUCUGCCCCGGCGAUCAUGGUCGGCCUCUUUGUCGCCACAGGCGGCUUACUGUUUGGCUAUGACACUGGAACCAUAAACGGCAUCCUGGCCAUGAAAGCAUUCAAAGAUCACUUCUCGACUGGCUACGUCGACGGCAACGGAGAGCCUGGCAUAUAUCCAAAAGAGAGCGCGUUAAUCGUUGCCAUGUUGAGCGCCGGAACCGCCAUCGGAGCCUUACUCUCUGCGCCUCUUGGAGAUCAGUAUGGGCGUCGCCGGUCCCUUAUUGGCGCCAUCGGAAUCUUCGUCAUCGGCGCCAUCCUGCAAGUUUGUGCAUAUAAUAUUGGUCUGUUGGUGGCGGGAAGGACGGUUGCCGGUGUUGGUGUCGGCAUUGUCUCAGUACUUGUCCCCUUAUACCAGUCCGAGAUGGCACCCAAGUGGAUUCGAGGAACACUAGUGUGCACAUACCAACUCUCCAUCACCAUGGGGCUUCUUGCCGCUGCCGUGGUCAACAUCCUCACAUACCAAUUAAAGUCAGCUGCUGCCUACCGGGUACCAAUAGGACUUCAGCUAACUUGGGCCUGCGUCUUGGCCCUGGGUUUGACCGUGCUACCCGAAACUCCUCGUUACCUCAUCAAACGUGGAGACAAGAACGCCGCUGCGCUUUCUCUCAGUCGUCUACGUCGACUGGACAUUACCCACCCUGCUUUGGUCGAGGAGCUUGCCGAAAUCGAAGCAAACCACCAAUAUGAGAUGGCGCUGGGACCUGAUUCUUACAAGGACAUUCUCUUCGGCGAACCUCACCUUGGCCGUCGCACGUUCACCGGUUGCUGUCUGCAAAUGCUACAACAGCUCACCGGCGUGAACUUUAUCAUGUAUUAUGGAACCACCUUUUUCAAUAACGCUGGCGUCGGAAACCCCUUCAAGAUCUCUCUCAUCAUGCAAAUCAUCAACACGGCAUCGACCAUACCCGGACUGUUUGUGGUCGAAUCAUGGGGUCGGCGUCGACUUCUGAUGGUGGGUGCCAUCGGCAUGGCCAUCUGCCAGCUGCUGAUCGCCGCCUAUGCAACGGCCAACGGCUCCAACAACGUAACAAUACAAAACAAGGUCAGAGCCAAGUCCAUGUCGAUAUCCACGGCAUCCAACUGGCUCCUCAACUUCGGCAUUGCCUACGGCACUCCAUAUAUGCAAACAAACAGCGCGGCGGGUCACGAAAGCUCGAUAGAUCUCGGCUCCAAAGUUUUCUUCGUAUGGGGGGCGUUUUGUAUAGUGGCGGUCGGCUUUGUAUGGUGCAUGGUAUAUGAGACUAGCAAGAUCAGUCUGGAGCAGAUCGACGAGAUGUACGAGAGAGUUGACCACGCAUGGCACAGCAGGCGCUUCGAACCGAGUUGGAGUUUUCAGCAGAUGCGAGACUUUGGCUUCUCCGAAAGCGGCAUACCACCAACGCAACAGCAGCAUCAACAACAACCACAAGUGGAACUUCAGCAAUCACAGUCACGCACUAGCAACGCGAGCACGUCUCAAACCGAUACGGGCGGGAGCAAUACCACGUCGACGUCACAAGACGAUAAGCUUGUGGCGUCUCUUGGGAACAUCGAUCUCAGCUAUUAG